UCUUCACAAUCUGGCGGCAUUCCCGAUGUAAACAGUGUAGCUAGUCGUUCAUUUUCUCGUGUUUUCGUUUAUAACAUUUUAAUUUGACAUUAAAUUGCCAGUGAGUUCCAACCUGAUUGGCGCUCUUAAAGUUGCCAGUGGGGGUGUCACUUUUGGGAGGCUUCGGAUUUAGACAUGAAUGACGACUAUGUGCUCGCCCUGCAGCUUCAGGAGCAGUUCGACAAUGAAGCGAACGACGUGGAGAUGGACACCGGGCCGCUUGUCCCCUGGAAGCCCGAGAGACCGCUGUCUGUCGUGGACGCGUCGUGGGAGACGCUGGACCCCACACCCGACGUCCGCGCGAUGUUCCUGGAGUUCAACGACAGGUUCUUCUGGGGCAAAUUGAGUGGGGUGGAGGUCAAGUGGAGUCCUAGGAUGACACUGUGUGCAGGUGUGUGUUCUUAUGAAGGACGUGGUGGACUUUGUUCGAUCAGACUCAGCGAGCCUCUGCUCAAGCUCAGACCCCGUAAAGACCUGGUGGAGACCCUGCUGCACGAGAUGAUCCACGCGCUGCUGUUCGUGACGCAGAACAACCGAGACCGCGACGGCCACGGGCCCGAGUUCUGCAAACACAUGAACCGCAUUAAUAAACACAGCGGCGCCAACAUCACGGUAAGCCCCUCCGCCCGCCUCCUCUCUCUUCACACCAUCAUUGUUAUUUUUUCCCUGCAGGUGUUCCACAGCUUCAACGACGAGGUGGACGCAUACCGCCAGCACUGGUGGCGCUGCGACGGGCCAUGCCAGACGCGCAAGCCCUACUUGGGCUUCGUCAAAAGGGCUAUGAAUCGGGCCCCCUCGGCCCAGGACCCUUGGUGGGGGGACCACCAGAGGACGUGCGGGGGUACCUACACCAAAGUGAAGGAGCCCGAGGGCUAUGGCAAAAAGAAGGAGGCCAAGAAGGUGCCCGCCGUUGAAAAGCCAGCAGGAAGUCGGGACAUUCGGGAUGUGAUGGCUUUCAGCGGUAAAGGCUUCGUCCUGGGCGGGACCUCAUCCUCCUCCGUGAUCAAGCCAGCUGGCCCCGCCUCCUCCACUGUCAGUAAACCCGUCACACCGUCGUCGCCUUUGGGGCGAGUCUUUCCCACCGUCAUAGCGCCGGCGACGCAGGGUCACAAGGUGCCCGCCAAGAAAUCGGUCGCUAACAUUAGAGCCUUUGUCAACAUUAACGGGUCGCCGGUUAAGAUCCAAAGGCCUGUUCGCGAUAACGCCGUUGGCGGUACUGGGGAAGGUGGCAACGUUAGCAUAGGCGACGGUAAUCCUGGUCUCAGCAAGCGUGAAGAACCGGGCGGACUGAAGCAGAUGUCCGUUGAUAUGUUUUUCAACAAGUCUCCCAAUUCAUUCAUCACCAAAUGGCCGACUCCAACCACUUUUAAUAAUAGCGAUACGUCCAUGUCGUCGCCCAAGUAUUUGUCGGGCAACACCGCCGCCAACACGCCUCAGUGGAAGAAGAGACCUCUGGACGACCCAACUGGCAUUUUUGAGCUCUUCAACAAGAGGCUGAAGGUGGAGACCAUAGACAUUACGGAAUCGCCCCCAACAAGCAGCCACGCCGCUGCCGCCGCCUCAUCCUCGUCUUUGCCGGUGAUGGUCAUGUGUCCCGUCUGUCAGGCCAGCGUGCAGGAGUCAAGCAUCAACCAGCACCUGGACUCCUGCCUCUGCUGAGGCGCGAGGAUGAGGCACUGUUAGAAGAGAGUUUAGUUUCUCAAAAAUAUUUUCAUUAUUGUGCUUGUGGUUUCCACACUGUUCAAGGCACUUUGGUUUGCCUUCAAGAUGAGACGCGUUGCUUUUUACUUGAAGUCUUUGUCGGCCAACUUUUCACACCAAAGAUUUUGAUACACAAUUAGGAAAACACUGCGUUGUUGUGGCUGCUAUUCAGCAGGAAGAGACUCGGUGGCUUUUGGCGAGACUCACGUUUUCUUGCUGUUUAUUCAUUUUAUGUUACUAAAUUAACUUUUUACAUGUUUGUACAAAUUUGUAUAUUGUUAAGCUUUUAUGCGUUUUCACAGUUAGAAGUGUUAAUAAAGUUUUUUCAAUGCAA